AUGGGUUGCGUGCUUUGCAAGACAACGACGAUUAUUCGAGCGGUUGCCGAUCCCUUACUUGGACAAAAAAUGAAUCAAAAAGUUAUAGAUAGAGAAUCAUCAUCUAAGUCAAACACUUCUAUUAGACAGUCACAGAUCAAGGAAAAAUCAGCCUCGAAUGAUUCCAAAGAAGAAAUAACUGCCACUAGACCAACAACUGCUAAUACAACGAAAUCAACUGUUCCUAUAGAAAUCAUUUCUCGCAUAACAUCAAGCCAGUUAAAUAAAUUAAACACGCAUGACGAUAUAGAUGCUAGUUCAACAUUGACCGAAUUACAAGAGGUAGUAAUGCAGAGAAAAGUUGUCAAGGAUAUCAUUGUUGAGUCAUUCACAUCAGAUAUACUAGAAGACUUUUAUCCUAAUGAAACGCCGAGUAAGUCACAUUGGUCAUAUAUUCGUUUUGAUAACAAUGCCAGUUCGUUAUCAUCGACUAAUGUCGAAAAGACGAUACUACCUCAAGAAACUUUCGUUAGAUUUAUAUCCACAAGACCAAAACACUCUAAUACUCAUCAACAACCAUCUUUAAAUGAUGUACCCAGUGAUUCCGAUGAAUCUUAUCCAUUUUAUAAAAGUAUUUGUAGUUCAACGUCGUCAAAUUCCGAAGGCUUAUCAAUACAACAAGAAAUCGUCGAUCAAGAAACAUUGAUUGAUACAGAAACUAUUCAAACUCAACAAAAAACUAUUGCUAAUGAAAAAUCGAACAAGCUAGAUAAGACGGAUUUACAUUUCGAAGAUAAAUCUAGUUCUAUAUCAAGUGAUUCUAAAAAAAUGACGAUACAUAAAGAACUUAUGGUUAAAUCUGUAUCUCCUAAUCAAAUCCACAGGUCAACUAUUCAACAAAAAAGCCUUACUUUAGAAAUUUCAAGUGAUUUGACUGAAGUCGAGAUAUAA